AUGAGCGUUUCAGCUGCUGCUGCUACUGCUCUUGCGACUGCUUCUUCUGCCAUCAAUCUGCGCCGCCACCUCUGCGCCUUUGACCUCUCCAAGCCUUCCGCUGCCUCCUCAUUCCGUCACUGCCGCCAAUCUUCAUUACGAGUUACAAAUGAUUCUAAUAGAACGGAGUUGUCUGCUGAUCCUACCAAUGAAAGAUCAGAGGUUGACAAGAUUGUUGGUGGUGUGGACUUUGGUGAGCUUUGCAAUGAGUUUGAAUGUAUCAGCAGCCCUGCUGUUGAAGCUACAGCAAGACAACUCGUACGUGAUAUCCUAGAGCUUCGUGAAGGCAAUCGUGCCCUUGGAACCUUUGCAAUCUCUGUUAAAUACAAGGAUCCAGUUAGAAGUUUUAUUGGUCGAGAAAAAUACAAGCGACAACUAUGGGCUACUGCUGCCCUAGAUAAACCAAUUGUGUAUUGGAGUGCCUCCGACUGGUUUAGCCCCGAUCCCCGGCAGUUUGCACGUUUUGCCGGUACAAGGUGCUGUUCGUUCGUGUUUCUCAACAAAACCUUCCACUCAAGUUCCAUACCACUCUUGGUCAAGGGUACAAGGUUUUUAUCACCUACAAUUGGCGCUGUUGCCGGGGAAGCGAACAAAAACAGUCAUGUCAAAUCUACAAAGCAUUCUUGGAUCACCACGCAACAACCAAUGGUUUAA